UGGUUGGCGAGCCUGGACAGCAGUGGAUGAGCGCUGGGCACUGGCCUAGCCACGCACACACACCGGCACCAUGGACUUCGUCAUGAAGCAAGCGCUGGGUGGGGCUACCAAGGACAUGGGGAAGAUGCUGGGGGGUGAGGAGGAGAAGGACCCUGAUGCGCAGAAGAAGGAAGAGGAGAGGCAGGAAGCCCUGCGCCAGCAGGAGGAGGAGCGGAAAGCCAAGCACGCCCGCAUGGAAGCUGAGAGGGAGAAAGUCCGGCAGCAGAUCCGUGACAAGUAUGGGCUGAAGAAGAAGGAGGAGAAGGAGGCAGAGGAGAAAGCCGCGCUGGAGCAGCCUUGUGAGGGCAGCCUGACACGCCCUAAGAAGGCGAUCCCAGCGGGCUGUGGGGACGAGGACGAGGAAGAGGAGGAGAGCAUCCUGGACACAGUCCUCAAGUACCUGCCUGGCCCGCUGCAGGAUAUGUUUAAGAAGUAACAGCACCACCAACCCUGCCAUGGGGUACUGGGGCACGGGCGCCCUCUCCCCUCUGACUCCUCCAUUAGCUCCCUU